AUGUUGUCGCUAUCUAGAUCCUUCACUUUCAUUGCUCUCUCUCUCGCCUUGAUGGUAGAAGUCAAAGGCCACGCUGUCGUUUCACCUGCUAUGGGUGUUGCAGGGGCACCCAUUCGGGCAGAUUCCCAGCGUACAGGGCGUAAACCCUGUGGAAAGGUGGAUAUUGCACAGAACCUCGAUAGCUCGCAGACGAUUACACCGAACGCUGAUGGGUCGAUAACUAUGACUAUCAAUAAUUUCAACCCUCUCCUUGACGGGUCCCGCAAGAUCCAAAAGGCUAGUAUAGAUGCGGAUGGUACAGGAAACUUUGCUACGCCUGUUACAAUAACCAAGAAUGGUGAACUUGCCCCAAAAACCCGUACCGGAAGCGAGCAGAUCACAGUCCAGAUGCCCGCUGGUAUGAAAUGCACUGGCGGUACCGCAGGUAAUCUUUGCGUCAUGUCGUUUACUACAGCCAGUGGUUUCGGGAACUGCGUAGUGGUUGCACAAGAUCCCAACGCCGGGGCUGCUGGAACUGGGGCAACGGGCGCGGCUGGUACAGCUACUGGUGCGACAGGUACUGGCACUGGUGCGACGGGCACGACAGGUACUGGAGCAACUGGUGCUGGUACUGGAACAACCGGCACGACAGGUACUGGUGCAACUGGUGCUGGUACUGGAACAACCGGCACGACUGGCACUGGCACCGGAACAACUGGCACUGGCGCUGGUACUGGAACAACCGGUACAGGUGAAACUGGUACCGGGGUCGGUGGUGCAACUGGAUCGACAGGUACUGGCGCAACUGGUGCUGGUGCUGGUGGUGCAACUGGAUCGACGGGUACUGGCGCAACUGGUGCUGGUGUUGGUGGUGCAACUGGAUCGACAGGUACUGGCGCAACUGGUGCUGGUGUCGGUGGUGCAACUGGAUCGACUGGAACUGGUACCGGGGUCGGUGGUACAACUGGAUCGACGGGCACUGGCGCGACAGGCAAUGUCCGAGCCGCAAUCGGAGGCUCUCGCGCUCCCCGUGCGUUGAUUCACGGAUUCAUAUAA